AUGGAGGCCUCCGCUCGGGCAACAGAGGCCGCUCUUUCUCAGAGGCGGCGGGAGAUGGAUCAGGCGUGGGACGACACCGACCAGGGAUGGCAGGAGCUCCAGGCGCACAUGACAGAGGGGAAAGGAGAACAACCGUCUUCGACUUGGGCACUGGGAGACCUGUUCGAGGCUGAGUGGGACAAGCGUGUUCCCCGGGAUGCAGAUGGCCGUAUCGUGCUUGACGAGUCACCGAUAUGCGUCAAGCACCUCAUCGAGGCCCUCCUGCUUCGUCCGAACGCGGCCAACGGUACCGCAACGGGCGAGGCUGAUAUGUCCCGCGAUGAUCAGCCCGACCUUUUUCACCAUACUGCGCGUGUUCUCGGUCUGUCGGGGCAACUGGCUCCCGUCGGGAUGACGAUAAAGGGGGGAACCACGACCUUUGAUCCUCACGAGGCCAGCAAGCUGACGGCCGUCGUUCAACGUUGGUGUCCUGGGAAUCCUGGUGCUGCCUGCCAAGAUCGUUGUGGAGACCAAAGUUCGCCGACAACGAUUACCUUCUUGCGAGUGAAGGGACGCGGGGCAGCUGCGACAGACUGUAUCAUUGGAGGGUUCUCCAGUAUUCCGUGGGACGACUUCAUGUAUGAUUCGGAUGCCGGCUACUACAGUCCUUCCCCGGGAGCAUUCUUGUUCAUGCUCAAGGACGGUGAGGGACGUCAUUCGGGCGUAUAUCAAUCGACGAAGUGGGGCGUCAAGGAUGGGCGUUCUGCCUACGCCGUUUAUCGUGGUCAAGGAUAUGGACCCUGCUUUGGGGAAGGACGUGACCUACACGUGGUCUGGAAUGGGACGGAGAGCGCUGUGCGAACGGGAAAUCAGACGUACCAUGCCCCGACCGGGUCCCCAUUUCCUGAGCUCAACGGAUGCCGUCUUGUUGAUGUCGAGACAUUUCGUGUGGGUCCAAAGCCGAACACGCCAACCUCUUCGACCAAACAAGAAGACCACGCUGUUGAAGACAAAACGGGACCGGGGGCACCUGUGAAGACUGCGGACGAUGUUCGUUCUUUUGGGGAUUUGGUUGCUGACUCAUUGAUGGAGGAGGAGAAGCUUCUCCAAGAAGCCGCAAAUGAACUUUCCCUUGCCAAAGCCAGGACGAUGGCGUGCGCCACGGCCGUGGCGGCGGUGUAUGGCCCAGAGGUGGCCACAGGAACAGAAGAUGACGUGGUAGAGCUGAACGUGCGUGGGACCAGGAUGACUACUCUGCGUUCUACCUUGCGGAUUUGCCCUGACUCAGCUCUUGCCGCUUGGUUCAACGAAGAGCAAUGGCCGGUGGCGGAGAAAGAUCUCGACAGCAACGGAAGGCGUAUCAUCGAUUGUAAGCCGUCCGUCUUCUCAAAGGUGCUAGAUGUACUACGCAUAGCAAAGCGCGCGGCCUGGGCUCGUAGCGAAGAGGGGCCAGUACGAAACGAAAAACGUCGCGUCAAACCUCGAGUCACCAUCAAGGCCGGCGAUUGUGCGGCCUUUGAAGAAUUUGUGGACAUGUACUUCCCUUGCUGCGAGACCUUCAUGAUGGAGCACGUUGAUCUUCUUGAUGACAUUUGA